CUCAAAAUGGCAAAACCAAAACAGACGCUAGCCUCGUCGCCAGAGCCUUGGGGUUGGCCCAGCCCUGCCACAUUUUGUGACAACUGCGCUUUUUCCUGCCACCACAUUAAUACCUAACAAUUCACUCACAUUUCAGCAAAAAGGGAACCCAACCUCACGGAUUUCGGAUAUGGCUACUCACUGAGAUCCAAUCACAGCCAUGGCAAUUCCAGUCUCGAAAUAUCUCAAGGACUAAAUCAAGCUACGCCUCUCUCUCCUCUCUUCCUUCCUCUUCCUUUACAUCUGUCUCCCUCUGCCAGAAGAAAUUCAGGCAGCUAACCUUUCUGUCUUUCAGAAACAACCACGCAUCUCGACCUUCUGUCAAUUGAAGACCUUCGACAGUCGUUACUACGCACCAACCAUCGCUGACGCCCCGACGAGACUCACCUUGACCACCUCUUGAAUCCGGCCAGGCGCCACAACCUGUGCUCGUGCUGAGCUUCAACAUCGAAUUCCGUCCUUACGGACGGCGAGCACACACAAAAAAAGAUACGAAUCCCCUCGUGGACAUACUUGACCCUGAGACGACGACACAAUGGCUCUACGCUUUAGGACAGGGUGGAGAAGAUUCGUGCCCGUCAUAGGCUACCACCAUGUCCUCAUGAUCUUCAUAGCCAUUGCAAUUAUCCUACUAUCACUCCUGCUAGCAGGCUGCUCAUCAACCUCCCCACUCAUCCCCGAUAUCUACCUCAUCUCGUUAUACUACCAGAAAUACCCUCCUGUUUUCAGCUCGGUACAAGUCGAUCCUUCGGUCACCACUGCGAUAGCAAACAUUGUGGGAAACGCCGACCUGAACGUCCGUGUAGGAUAUUUCGGCAUCUGCAUCCGCGUCGAUGGAGGAGCAUGGAUGUGCAAUCAAAAUUCCACCGCGCUGGCCGACUUGGUGUCGAUCGAUCAAGAUCCCUUGAAUCUUAUAUGGGUAGCCAGCACGUUCAAGAACGCCAUUGUGUUCCCAUACUUGCUGAUUAUUGCCAUUGUGCUGGCAUUCCUCACGUUCUUGCUGCUGGCGACGUUCCCCGGCUGGCACACGUCGACAGGGCCCGACGGAUCUGAGCAGGAAGUCCGGCCAUUCCCCUCGAGAGCCGUAUCACAGGUGGCGCUCGCAACGAUUUUCAUUUCGUCGGUGUUUGUGCUGGUCAGUGUGAUGUGGCAACACACCGCGGCCGUGGCAGCAAGCACCGUCGCGCAGGACUUGGGGAAUGGCAGUGUCAAGUCCGGGGUUGGAACCUCGGCCAUGGUGCUGGGCUGGUUCGGCUUUGGGUUGCUCGUCGUGGUCACGCUUGGGCUGUUGGUCAUGAUUCUGAGUAUCCAAUUGCUGGACCGUUUGACCGAUGAGGACUAAGAAGAAACAUGUACAAUCCACGAAGGUGAAGAAUGUUUUGACGGCAACGAAUGAAGCGGACGACGAUUGGAUGUGUGUGUAAUAUCUUCUAGCGGAACGCGACAAAAGGGACAAGAAAUUGAACAUUGACAUUAUGCUUUUUUUUGGUGGAAGGGGG